AUGGCGGAAUAUGAAAAGGCGUCGGUCAAUAUAGACCAGCACGAAAAUGCCCUCGACGUCAAGGACGAUAAUCUGGCCAGAGAGGCGGCAGAACAGGAACAUGCCAUGACCUUUCUCCAGGCUAUUCGCAAGUACCGUACUGCUGUCCUUUGGUCCGUGCUGCUUUCAAGUUCAAUCAUCAUGGAGGGCUACGACAUUGUCCUGGUCAGCUCCUUCUUUGCUCAGCCCUCCUUCUCGAAGCGCUAUGGAGACUUUGACGCUGCCACCAAUUCCUACCAAAUCUCUGCCUCGUGGCAGAACGGGCUUACGAAUGCUGUUUCGGUCGGCACCAUCAUUGGUGCUUUUGCCAAUGGCUAUUUUACGCAGAAAUACGGGUACCGAAAGGUGUUGCUUGCAUCGCUGGUAUUCAUUGUCGGAUUCAUCUUUAUCCCCUUUUUUGCGCCCAACCUCCCGGUCCUGCUGGUAGGCGAGUUCCUGUGCGGUAUCCCGUGGGGAGUAUUCGCAACCAUGGCACCCGCGUAUGCCUCCGAGGUGUGUCCCAUGGCACUACGAGGACACCUCACCGUCUGGGUCAACAUGUGCUGGGCUCUAGGCCAGCUCAUCUCUGCUGGAGUCCAAACGGGGUUCUCGGAGAAUAAUACGCAAUGGUCAUAUCGCAUUCCGUUUGCCGUCCAGUGGGUCUGGCCUAUACCGUUGUUCAUCAUCCUCUUCUUUGCCCCCGAGUCUCCGUGGCACCAUGUCAGGGCCGAGAACUACAUUGAAGCAGAAAGAAGCGUCAUGCGACUUUCAUCCGUACCCAAAGCUGAAGCCAAAAAGACUGUCGCCAUGAUGGUUCAUACCAACGAGCUUGAGAAGACAAUUGCACAAGGGACCUCCUAUCUCGACUGCUUCCGUGGUACAGACUUGCGUCGUACAGAGAUUGUAUGCAUGGCGUUCAUGGCGCAGCCUUUUUGUGGCUCGGCUAUGGGCGGAACUCCGACUUAUUUCUUUGUCCAGGCAGGACUUCCAACCUCGAUUUCAUUCCAGAUGUCUGUUGGGGGCCUUGGUCUCGCUUCCCUCGGAACUUUGAUCUCAUGGUGGCUGAUGCACGUAUGUGGCCGCCGCACACUCUACCUUUACGGCCUGGGUCUCCUCUCGCUCGUCUUAGCGACGGUUGGUUUCAUCAGUGUUGGGGCCGGAGAUACUACAGCUGGAAACUAUGCGCAAGCUUCCAUGAUGAUGGUAUGGCUUCUCGUCUACUACCUCACAGUGGGACCCAUUUGCUACGCCAUUAUUGGCGAGACAUCGUCGACUCGACUUCGGAACAAGAGUGUCUGCCUCAGUCGCAUUGCCUACUAUAUCUCGCAAAUUGUUUGCAAUGUCAUCAAACCCUACAUGCUCAACCCUACUGCUGGGAACUGGCGAGGCAAGACUGGAUUCUUCUGGGGCGCUUGUUCCGCGGCAUUCUGUGCUUGGACCUGGUUCCGCUUGCCCGAGACAAAGAGCAAGACUUAUGAAGAGUUGGAUAUCCUAUUUGCAAAUGGAGUAAAGGCCCGCGACUUUGCAAAGUACAAGGUUGAUGCAUAUGCUCAUACCACGGAGGCACUGGGCAAGACUGAGUGA